AUGUACCAAGGUACUCUUGCGCCUCCUUUGUCGCUUUCUAAUGACAGCAUCGACAUUGUUUUCGCCACAUAUUGGAGUAGACCUUCCGAAAUAGUCCUGCAAACCGGCAAGGAACGUGAGUGCAAUAGACAAUGGGUGGCUGCUGAGACUCGGAGAUUCGAUAAUACUAGCCCUUUCGCCAAUAUGGACCACCAGCACUAUAUUUACUAUGGCUCAAAACUGUGCGCUCGAAAAUUUGGCGAAUCUCUUCGGUUAAUGCCAGAGAUGAUGUUCAACAUUCAUGAUGGUCAAUUGACCAUCUACAGGUAA